CUUAGACUUUGAUUUCUAAAACAAAGAUAAUCCAGUCUUUUGAGAUCUUGAAAUACAAGGUGCUUUGUGAUUUAUAGAGAGCUAUGUAAAAAUAUUGAUGAUUGUGUUUUCUUUAAAUUCUUUAAAACAUAAUGCAGGCCUGGGCCCUUCCUUCCUCUCUGCCCAGCUCUCAUCCUCUGUGGUUUGUGGUUUCAGUUGUUUCUUUGACCGUCAAGAUCCGCAGUUUGGAAGAACAUAUGCAGAAACACCAAAAGGACAAAGCCCAAAAGCGCCAUCUCCUCAUGAGCACUGCCAAGAGGAAAAAAAUGCUCAAAAAUCUCCGUAAGAUCAACUAUGAUGUCUUUGAGAAGAUAUGCAAGGAGCUGGGAAUUGAAUAUACCAUUACCCCUCUGUACUGCCGAAAAGCCCAUCGCCGCCUCUUGAUCAAAAAGGCUCUGUGCCUUAGGGUCUUUCAGGAGAAGCAAAAGCUUAAGAAGCAAAAAAAGGCCUUAAAAGCUGCAGCUGCAGCAGCCCAAAAACAAGAAAAACAGGGAAUUCCAGAGAGCCCUUCCAAAACCUGACCAGAGACAUGCAGAGAAAACCAAUAAAGUCUGUUUCAAUUA